UUAGCAAACCCUAGGAGGGAUCGAUUAACUAAUUAAUUAAUUAGUUGUGAUCUCUAUCAAUCCAUGUCUCCGGGAAUGGUGAUUGUGGGGGAGACGAGCAGUACUGCUACUGUCUUCUUCGAUAAUAAUAACAACAAUAAUGAGAGUAGAUUGUACGAGAAAGGAGUGAAGAACAUGUACGAGAAUGGGAUUCAGCGCAUUCCUGCCAAGUACGUAUUUCCUGCUGAAGAACGUCCCGACAUGCCGGCGAUGACCACCGGCGACGAAGGCAACAGCAAAAACAUUAAUAUUAAUAAUCCCUGUCCUAACGUCGACGACGACGAUGGCCUGAACCAGCUUGAUCUUCCAAUAAUUGACUUUGCCCAACUGCGAGGCCCGAACCGCUCCGACGCCCUCAAAUCCCUCGCCCACGCCUGCGAAACCUAUGGAUUCUUCCAGCUGGUGAACCAUGGGAUUGGGGAGGAGAUUGUAGCGGAGAUGGUGGAUGUGUGCAAACGGUUCUUCGAAAUGCCAAUCGCAGAGAGGGAGAAGUACAUGUCGGGAGACACGAGCAGCCCUGUCCGAUACGGGACAAGCUUCAAUCAGACCAACGAUGGCAUCUACUGUUGGAGAGACUUCCUCAAGCUCGUCUGCACUCCUCUCCCCGACGUCCUUCCCCAUUGGCCCUCUUCCCCUCUCCACUUGAGGCAAAUGGCGCUGAAUUACGCCAAAGAAACGAAAGGGCUGUUCUUGGAGCUGGUGGAGGCCAUUCUGGAAAGCCUGGGGCUCACCAUUAAUGACGAUGAAGAAAGAAUGGUAAUGAAAGAUUUGGCAGAUAUUAAUGGAAGCCAUAUGAUGAUUGUAAAUUGCUACCCCCCGUGUCCCCAACCAGACCUAACCCUAGGAAUGCCACCCCAUUCCGACUACGGCUUCCUCACUCUCCUCCUCCAAGACAACGUCAGAGGUCUGCAGAUUCAGCACCGCCGCAAAUGGGCCACCGUCAAUCCAAUUCCCGGCUCCUUCAUCGUCAAUGUCGGAGACCACCUCGAGAUAUUCAGCAAUGGGAGGUACAAGAGCGUGCUGCACAGAGUGAUUGUGAAUCCGACCAAGUAUAGGCUGUCGGUGGCGUCGCUGCACAGCGUGGCGUUCAGCAGCACCGUCAGGCCGGCGGCGGCGCUCAUCACAGACACGAACCCCAGGCGUUACAGAGACACCGAUUUCGCUACCUUCCUAAAGUAUAUCACCUCCUGUGACUCCAAAAAUAAGAACUUCCUUCAGUCCAGGAAAUUGACCAGCUAGAUUCAAUUUUAGUUAAUUAUUUAAUUAAUCAAUACUACUGUAAUGCAUCCACCAAAUCAUCCAGAAACAAAUUCAUUAAAAAUAAAACGGCCAA